AUGGAUGCGAAAAGGCGGAGGACAGAGAGGAUCAUGACACUCGCGGAGUCACAAGGCGGCGCGUAUAUAGGUAAUAGUACGGCCAAGCGUAUAGUCCCUAACGAUGGAGCUAGAGGACGUGGAUAUGAUCCCUUCGCGCCAUUGGACAAGGGGAUGAAGAAAGCCAUCAUCGACUACUGCAAGAAGCUUCCUGGUUCUGGAAAGAAGAAGCCCAUAAAAACUGCCAAGGAUUAUCCCAUACGAUUUUGGUGGUACGACCUUCUAAAUCAGAAGGAGUGGCUGGAAGACACGGUUUAA